GCGCGCCCAACCAGCCGUGAUGUCCGCGCGCGCCGGAGGCUUCCUCCCGCCGCGGCCCCGGGCCCUGGCGCCGGCCGCGUCUCUGCUGCUGCUGCUGUUGCUGCUGCUGCUGGACGCCGGCGGCGGGCGCGGGGGCGCCUGGGCCCAGGAGCCGGGGUCGGCGGCGGAUGUUGACCCCGCGGCCGACGGCGGGGACGGGCAAGACCCGCACGCCAAGCACCUGUACACGGCCGACAUGUUCACGCACGGCAUCCAGAGCGCCGCGCACUUCGUCAUGUUCUUCGCGCCCUGGUGUGGACACUGCCAGCGGCUGCAGCCUACCUGGAACGACCUGGGAGACAAGUACAACAGCAUGGAGGACGCCAAGGUGUACGUGGCCAAGGUCGACUGCACAGCCAGCUCGGAUGUGUGCUCCGCCCAGGGCGUGCGUGGGUACCCCACCUUGAAGUUUUUCAAGCCUGGCCAAGAAGCUGUGAAGUACCAGGGUCCCCGGGAUUUUCAGGCCCUGGAAAACUGGAUGCUGCAGACGCUGAACGAGGAGCCCCCCACACCGGAGCCCGAGGUGGAGCCACCCCGAGCCCCCGAGCUCAAGCAGGGCCUGUACGAGCUCUCGGCCGGCAACUUUGACCUGCACGUGGCACAAGGAGACCACUUUAUCAAGUUCUUCGCCCCGUGGUGUGGUCACUGCAAAGCUCUGGCUCCGACCUGGGAGCAGCUGGCUCUGGGCCUUGAACAUUCCGAAACUGUCAAGAUUGGCAAGGUUGAUUGCACACAGCACCAUGAACUCUGCUCAGGAAACCAGGUCCGAGGUUAUCCUGCUCUCCUCUGGUUCCGAGACGGUAAAAAGGUUGAUCAGUACAAGGGGAAGCGGGAUCUGGAGUCGCUGAGGGAGUACGUGGCAUCGCAGCUCCAGAGCACGGAGAGGGGCGCCCCGGAGCCCAUCCAGCCCUCGGAGGCCCCCACGCUGGCCACUGAGCCCGCGGCCGACCCGGGCACUGUGUUGGCACUGACGGAAAAUAACUUCGAUGACACCAUCGCAGAAGGCAUAACCUUCGUCAAGUUUUAUGCCCCGUGGUGUGGGCAUUGUAAGAGCCUGGCUCCUACCUGGGAGGAACUCUCUAAAAAGGAAUUCCCUGGCUUGGCGGGGGUCAAGAUCGCCGAGUUGGACUGCACUGCGGAACGGAACAUCUGCAGCAAGUACUCGGUACGAGGUUAUCCCACAUUGCUGCUUUUCCGCGGAGGCAAAAAAGUCAGCGAGCACAGCGGGGGCCGAGACCUGGAUUCCUUGCACCACUUUGUCCUGCGCCAGGCGAAGGAUGAACUGUGAGCUCGGCUGGAAGCUGUCUCCUGCCUGGCCCUGGGCAGGAGCUCAGUCCUGCGGCCGCUGCCCGGUCCCUUGCGGUGGUGACUCAGAGAUCCGAACGCACUAAACUUGUGCUAUCUUC